AUGGCUGAACGAAACCCACGGCGGCGGCGGCGACGCCGGCUAUCCCCUUCUACAUUUCUUCUGCAGGUUCCUGCGGAGUCUCAACAUCAUGAAAGAAGGGGAAUGCCGAGGGCCCCUCGAAACAGAGACCGUCUGUUGUGGCUAUCAGAAGAAACCAGUGACAGUGAAUGCGUGCUGCUUGAAGGGGAAGCUGCUGAAGAGGCUGCGAAAGCAGCAGGGGCACCUGCAGCAGCUGUAGCAGCAGCAGCAGCCCCGGUUGCUCAGGAAACGGCGACGGAGAAGACGUACUUAAAAUCUCCAGACAAAGACGAGGGAACACCAGCAGCAAACGCAUGCACGGAAGCCUUUCCUGGGGCGCAGAACACCGUUCUGUGGGCCCUUAACCAGCAAGUGCUGUGCGUGCAAGGGUACGCGCGUCAAAUAGAAAUGAAGAGGACAUCAGCAGCGCCUCCUCUUAGAGUAAUUCCGAGUCUAAUAAUCGCACCGUGCCCGCUGCUGUUGCGAGACGGCUGCUGCACACUGCCAAACUGUCAGUUCAAUCACGUGGGCUCUCGCGAGCAGCCCCCGCCGCCUCCCCCUCCUACUGAAGAAGAAGAAAACGCAAGCAAUUGGCACCCCAAAAUAGACGUCCUCUCGCCCCGUAGAGGAGAUGCACCGCCGCUUGAUGCUGAGGGUGUUCUGCUUCGUACGCGUGCUCUGCUGCAAGACAGACCGCUGACUCUCUUUAACGUGCCGACUCUCCAGAUCUUUGAGGAUGCAUACUGCAGCGGCCGUCUCAUUCGUAUUCUCGGCUACGCGACAGUCAAUUGCUUUGAGGCUGCGAUUGAAAAGAUAAGAGAGACCCUAGAGCGAGAAGAGAAAGAGGCUGCUGCAGCAAUGGGUGAGUCAAUAUGA